AUGCGUUUCCUUGUCCCAGCUCUGUCACUGUUCAUAAGUGCAGUGUUUGCUACUCCAGCAGCUGCUUCUGACACCGUCAAGCCUUUCCUCAUACCUCGUACCUCGACAACUGGGUGGGUAAUCGGUAAUGGUUUAUGGAAUAUCACGAUUGGUGAUGUUUAUGGGAGGAAGCUAUAUUAUCGUGGGCAUGAUCUGGUUGGGGAUGCAGUGGGGCAUUACUCUGGUUAUGACGGCGAGGCCAACUUCGCAUGGACAUCCGCCAGCAUCUACCGAGAGACUGAUGAACAUGUGGAUAUCAUCUUCGAGUCUAAGCUUGUUGAUCUCCACUGGGUCAUCACACCCAACUUGCCUGGAGCCUACCAAUAUAUCGUCAACAAAGCACUUCCAAAUCUAGGUGUCCUGCGUACUCUCUUCCGUCUUGACAACACAACCUUCACGCACGGUAGGACGAACAUCAAAGACGAGGAACUUCCUUCAUUCGCAGACAUCCUGUCCGGAACUAAAGCCCAAGACGAGACGUUCCAGCGUCCUGAUGGCACGUACAUAACGAAGUACGACUGGUCAACUUUCAUUCGCGAGAUUGAUUUUCAUGGUGUUUACGGCAACGAUUUCGGGUCCUGGUAUGUUCGACCUGGAAGGGAUUAUCUUAACGGAAACCAACUGAAGCAAGAGUUGACUGUACAUCGCGAGACUAAGACUGGUGAUGCUGUAAAGCUGAAUGUCGUCUAUGGCUCUCAUUUCCAGGUCUCAUCGCAAGCUACGUUUCCUGUAGGGAAGAUUUGGGGACCGUGGCUUUGGUAUCUUAAUGAUGGCUCAAAGGAAGAUGCCGCAAAGCGCUCUACACAAGAAUUUGCAGCCUGGCCCUACCCUUGGCUCAAUGACACAGCCUACUCAUCACGCGGAGUCGUCACUGGCAAGCUAAAACUCUCAUACGGCAAGCCAGCAUCUGGGGCAUCCAUAUUUCUUGGCGACAAUAGAUCUAACCUCACUACUCUCGACCAAGGUGCGAACUGCCAGCACACCGCAACGGCCGACUCAAAGGGCAACUUCAGGAUCGAAGCUGUUCGCACAGGGACGUACACCCUCUCCGCAUGGGGCAAUGGCGGAAGUCUCUCAGGCGUGACUACAACAUUCGCACAAGACGAUAUUGCAGUCAAGAAAGGCAAGAACACUGCUCUCGGAAACCUGACAUGGAAGAUCCACAGCGAGCGUAAACAGAUUUUCCAAAUCGGUGCUCUGGACCACAAAGCUCUUGGAUUCAAAAAUGGCGGUGCACCGUACACUCAUGGUCUCGCUGCCCAGUCCCCUGCAAAUUUGACCUACACGGUUGGGAAAUCUAAAGAAAGCGAUUGGUACUACGCAUCUUCCAAUCUCGGAACUUGGACGGUGGUUUUUAAUAUCUCAAAAUCUGAUAUCACUUUGAACCGGACUGUUGUCCUUACGAUCUCUCUUGCCGGCUGGUCGCAGAGCUCGAAUCUGGAUGUGAGUCUCAACGGGAAUGCGGUUCCCAGUUUUGUGACGGCGAACCUGAAGAGUGAUCCUGCGCUGUACAGAUCGGGGACUACAGCGGGAGAGUGGCGGCUUUAUGAGUUUGAGGUUGCGGGAGGGGUGUUGAGGGAGGGUGAGAAUAGGCUGGCUUUCAAGGUUACGAGGUCUACACUUUGGAGGGGGUUUAUGUGGGAUAGUGUGGUGUUGGAGUGGAGUUCUUGA